AUGGACAAUCGUUUCCAGUCUCACCCUGCCCCAGUGUCAUCCGAAGAAUCUGCUUCCAUCCCUUGUCACAUCAUCCAGGACCCUGGCUCGCAGCUGGUACUCGUUGGUACCCGGCAGUUUACGGUUGGAGGGGUACUUUGCACACUUAUAACCGGCGCUGCCACCAUAGAUAUGAUUGCCCCCACUCACCUUGGUAUCGUAGGACCGGUUUUCCGCUCUGGCCCCAACGAGCUAUCAUUCAAAAGCCCCCAGAUUCUGCGUGAUAUCUACGUAGCAAACCAAGAUGUGACAGACAAGCCUGACAUUUAG